ACAAAGUGCUGCUGGUAAAACUGCUGCAUUGAGAAGAAAGAGAAAGAAGGACAGUCAACUUGACAGAAACACCAGACUGGAACCAUGAUUUCAACUGUAAAGAAAGCCAUUAGACCUGUGUGGGCUGCCAGAGCAAUCCAUAAAUCUGCAGUGGAAGUCUUGAAGCAGCCAGCGCCCGAGGACACAGUCACAGCCAGUUUUGGGAAGUUUAUCAGUGAAAUUAAGCCCCAGCAUCUAUCCCCUGUAGUGCUGCACCGCAGUAAAAGAAUGGUGCUGGACAGCAUUGGAGUUGGGCUGAUCGGAAGCACAACAGAUGUGUUUGAACUGGCCCUCCAGCACUGCCAGAACAUGUACGCUCCCGGUGACACCAGCUCUGUGUAUGGACACAGGGGCAUCAGACUCUCCCCGAUACUGGCAGCUUUUGUCAAUGGAGUGGCGACUCACUCCAUGGACUUUGAUGAUACAUGGCACCCUGCCACUCACCCCUCCGGAGCUGUCCUUCCUGCUGUGUUAGCUCUCAGUGACAUGAUGCCAGCUAACAAUAAGCCCAGUGGCCUGGACUUCUUGCUGGCUUUCAAUGUUGGCAUUGAGAUUCAAGGCCGACUACUGAGGUUCUCUAAUGAGGCCCACAAUAUCCCCAAGAGGUUCCACCCUCCUAGUGUGGUAGGCACCAUGGGAAGUGCUGCUGCGUGUGCAUGCCUCUUAUCUCUGGACCCCAUCCAGAGCAGUCAUGCAUUGGCUAUAGCUGCUUCUCUAGCAGGAGCCCCAAUGGCUAAUGCUGCCACUCAGUCCAAACCCCUCCACAUUGGCAAUGCCUCCCGUUUGGGCCUAGAAGCAGCUCUGCUGGCUUCCAGAGGCUUAGAGGCAAGUCCUUUGGUCCUAGAUGCUGUUGCAGGGGUAGCCGGCUUCAGUGCUUUUUAUGAAGAUUAUGUACCACAGCCUUUACAAUCACCCGGUAAUGACAGCCAUAUGUUCCUGCUGGAGGAACAGGACAUUGGUUUCAAACGCUUCCCUGCUCAUCUGGGGAUGCACUGGGUGGCGGAUGCUGCAGCCUCAGUCCAUAAGGUUCUCGUUGGAGUUGGCCCUGGCACUGUCUCCCCAGCUCAGGUGGAGGACAUCCUGCUCAGAGUCCCCAAAUCGAAGUACAUAAACAGACCUUUCCCAGAGUCUGAGCACGAGGCACGCCACUCCUUCCAGUUCAAUGCUUGCACUGCUCUCCUGGAUGGAGAAGUGACUGUGCAGUCCUUCACCCCCGCUGCCAUGAGCCGCCCUGACCUGCACGCUCUGCUGAGCCGUGUUCGCCUGGAGCAUCCCAAUGACAACCCCGCUAAUUUCAACCGCAUGUACGGUGAAGUCCAGCUAACCCUGGUUGGGGGCGACACUGUGAAGGGACGCUGCAACACCUUCUACGGUCACUGGCGCAAUCCACUGUCCAACGACAGCCUGAGGAAGAAGUUCAGGAGCAACGCAGAGGUGGCGCUUCCCUCAGAGAAGGUCGAGCGGCUGAUUGAAGUGGUGGAGGACCUGGACCAGCUCAGGGACUGCAGGAACCUUCUCUCACAACUGCAAUAG